CAACGGUGCUUUCGUAUUUCCGUGGAUUGAUGUAGCUGCGAGGUUUGACAGUUAAUCGACGACCCUUAAAAAUAUUCACCUUGAUAAAGGUCUUUUUCUAAUAAGCAUUUGCUUAUUUAUUCUUCUUCUUAAUCUUUGUGGCUUUCCCUAUCGAGACAUGUUGCGACUGAAGUCGGCGCUCUGUCAAUCUUGGAGGAGUUUCAGAACGUUUCCCUGUGGAGCUAUGGAGGUUAGGAAUGAACCAGUUUUGGAGUUCCAAGAGAGGAGUAAAGAGAGAGCUGAGCUUGAAAAGGCCCUACAAGACUUGAAGGGAAAGACAGAGGAAAUUCCAUGUGUAAUUGGAGACGAAUAUGUGUGGACCAAAGAUAUUCAAUAUCAGAUGUCUCCUUUCAACCACUCCCACAAGGUGGCCAAAUUCUGUUAUGCUGAUAAGGAUCUCCUAAACAAAGCCAUUCUGGCGUCUUUGGCAGCAAGACGAGAAUGGGACCUUAAGCCAGUGACAGACCGAGCACAGAUCUUCUUCAAGGCUGCUGAAAUGAUCAGUGGGCCCAAGAGAGCAGAGGUUCUUGCUAAAACGAUGAUUGGCCAGGGUAAGACCGUGAUACAGGCUGAAAUUGAUGCCGCAGCCGAACUCAUUGACUUUUUCAGGUUCAACGCCAAGCAUGCAAUUGACCUACAGCAGCAGCAGCCUCUGGACAGCGAUGGUAGCACCAACACCAUGCUUUAUCGUGGGCUAGAGGGCUUUGUAGCUGCUAUUUCACCGUUCAAUUUUACUGCAAUCGGUGGAAACCUGGCAGGCACGCCAGCAAUGAUGGGUAAUGUGGUGCUAUGGAAACCCAGUGACACUGCCAUGUCUGCUAGCUACGCAGUCUACAAGAUUCUGCGGGAGUCUGGCCUGCCGUCCAACAUCAUCCAGUUUGUUCCAGCUAAUGGGCCUGUUUUCGGGGACACUAUCACUGCUUCAGAGCACUUGGCCGGAAUCAACUUCACCGGCAGUGUGCCAACAUUUAAACAUUUGUGGAAACAGGUGGCGCAGAAUCUGGAUAACUACAAAAAUUUCCCUCGUGUGGCAGGAGAGUGUGGUGGCAAGAACUUCCACUUUGUGCACAGGUCAGCGGAUGUCCACAGUGUGGUAAUGGGCACCAUCCGCUCAGCAUUCGAGUAUGGAGGCCAGAAGUGCUCAGCUUGCUCCCGAAUGUAUGUGCCUGACUCCCUUUGGCCGUGCAUUAAACAAGAGCUUCUGGCUGUGCACAAACAAAUCAUAGUGGGAGACCCAGUUGAGAAUUUUGGAAUUUUCUUCUCAGCAGUAAUUGAUGACAAAUCCUUUUCCAGAAUCAAGGGCUGGCUUGACCAUGCCCAGACCUCUCCUAAUCUAACAGUGAUUGCUGGUGGAAAUUGUGAUGACAAAAAGGGAUACUAUGUGGAGCCUACAAUUAUUGAAACUAAAGACCCACAGGAUAAAAUAAUGACUGAGGAGAUCUUCGGGCCAGUUUUGACCAUUUAUGUCUACCCUGAGAAUGAUUACAAGAAAGUAUUGGACUUAAUUGACAACACAUCUCCAUAUGCUCUCACAGGGGCUGUCUUUGCCCAGGAUAAGGCUGUUUUGGAUGAGGCUGCAAAAACACUGAGAAAUGCAGCAGGAAAUUAUUAUGUAAAUGACAAAUCAACAGGCUCCAUUGUGGCCCAGCAGCCUUUUGGGGGCUCCCGGGCAUCAGGUACUAAUGACAAGCCUGGUGGACCACACUAUGUCCUCAGAUGGACCUCGCCACAGGUUGUCAAGGAGACCCAUGUUCCACUCAGAGAUUGGAAAUAUAACUAUAUGGGUUGAGUGAACGCUCUUGUUAUAUUCACAGCAUAACCCAUGAUCCAUAACUCUGUUCUAAUGAUGGCUUCCCCUCCCCCCAAUUUCUCAAUCAAGACCAAUGAAGACACCAAAGUGCUUAUUUAUUUUACUUGAGUUAGCAUUUAUCCUUUCCCAAGUUGCUUUUUGAAAAAGGCUAGUUCUCUUGGAACAUUACAAAACAGAUGGCAAAUCGAACUGACCCCUUAUAGUGCUGCCCAUGUCCAGGGUGUAGCCAUGGAAAUGUGAGCGACUAGGAAAACUUGAAGGAACUACUACAGUGGCUCUUGUAGUUCACUGAAUUCACUGCAUAUGUGAUUGUGUUUGGAAGAUUUUAAGAACCUUGACUUGGCAGACUUUCAUUGCCUGCAGUGGCUUCAUAGUCUAUAAUAAUAUACCAUGCUUCCCAAAACAACAAAUUUUACAAUUGAGCCCUUGCAACAUAAAAAUGUAUAUCAACCAUUUCUCCUUUUGUGAAAUCAGUUUUUAGUUUUUGAUUUUGUACAACUUUAACAUUAAAAUGAUAAAUAUACUUUAGACUUGCCUUACUUUAUUCAUGUGGGCAUUGAAAAAAAUAAAACUUGCAAUUAUGCUUCA